CCCAAAAACUUUUUUUGUUUUCUCGGGUGAAAAUGGACCAUUUCCCUUCCUCCUUUUGCUUGGGAAGAAACUUGCCCGAACCUCCAAAUUGAAGCUUGCGACGGACAGCCAUACUUGAACGCUCAAGGUUCUCGCCAGUAGCCAUACCAGAACGACGCACCAGACUGAAGCUCGCAAUUUCUCGUCUCCCAUUUCUCUCUACCGAUCUCAUUUUAAACCAUUUUCAGUUUCAGAUUCUGCACACUACUGGGUUACAGUUGCUGGUGAAAAACUAUGGAAACCUUAACUUCCACAUCCAAUUCUUGUCCCUCAACUCCCCGUUGGAAUCUCGAGAGGCCAUUUCUCACUGGACGUUUCCACCAGGAAGCAAAGGCUACUUCUCGUUUUGCUGAAUUGAAAUUGGAUUCUUUCAGUAAUGGGGGGCUGGAAAAGGCCAUUGGCUGUUAUGAUGCUGCAAUUCAGGAACUUAUUGUAAUUGAUGAUCUCCUUUCUGCCCUGCUUGGAGUUGAGGGACGCUAUAUUUCAAUCAAAAGACUUCACGGCAAAGAGGAUGAAGUUUCUUUCCUGGUUGAUGCAUCUAUGGAUUUGGCUCUCCAGGAGUUGGCAAAAAGAAUAUUUCCUCUGUGUGAGAGCUUUCUGAUUAUUAAUCUGUUUGUUGAAUCAAGAUCUCAGUUCAAGAAGGGCUUAGUUAAUCAUGCCUUUGCUGCUGCACUUAGAGCUCUCCUUCUAGAUUACCAAGCAAUGGUAGCCCAGCUUGAGCACCAGUUUCGACUUGGUAGACUUUCCAUCCAAGGAUUGUGGUUUUACUGUCAGCCUAUGAUGGGUUCCAUGCAAGCAUUAUCUGCAGUGACUCGGCAGGCUUCAGCUAAUGAUUUUGCAGGUUCUGCAGUUCUUAACCUCUUACAGAGCCAGGCCAAGGCUAUGGCUGGUGAUAAUGCAGUGAGGUCUUUGCUGGAGAAGAUGACACAGUGUGCAAGCAAUGCUUACCUUGGUAUAUUAGAAAGAUGGGUUUAUGAGGGAGUUAUUGAUGAUCCUUAUGGUGAAUUUUUCAUUGCGGAAAACAAAUCUCUACGGAAGGAGAGCCUCAAUCAAGAUUAUGACACAAAGUAUUGGAGGCAACGCUAUAGUCUGAAGGAUGGAAUUCCUACCUUUCUUGCAAAUAUAGCAGGGAUGAUAUUGACGACAGGAAAAUAUUUAAAUGUCAUGAGAGAGUGUGGGCAUAAUGUUCAGGUACCUGUUUCAGAAAAUUCAAAGUUAAUGAGUUUUGGCUCAAAUCAUCAGUAUUUGGAGUGUGUAAAAGCUGCUUAUGACUUUUCCAGUAGUGAGCUAUUAAAACUUAUUAAAGAAAAGUAUGACCUAAUGGGGAAGCUGAGAUCAAUUAAGCAUUACCUGCUGCUUGAUCAGGGUGAUUUCUUGGUUCAUUUUAUGGACAUUGCUCGAGAUGAACUUUCAAAAAAGCUUGAUGAGAUUUCUGUAGAGAAGUUGCAGUCUCUACUGGAUGUUGCCUUACGCACCACAGCGGCUGCAGCAGAUCCUUGUCAUGAGGAUUUAACAUGUUGUGUGGAAAGAACGUCAUUACCCAAAAGCUUGCGUGCACUUAAGGAUCUUGGUGACAAUACAACUAUUCCUGAUAGCAAUGAUCAGGAAGAACCCAUGGGCAUUACUGGUCUUGAGGCAUUUUCUUUAAGUUACAAGGUUAGAUGGCCGUUGUCUAUUGUUAUAUCAUGGAAAUCUCUAUCAAAGUACCAGCUGAUUUUUCGCUUUCUUUUCCACUGCAAACAUGUGGAACGUCAGCUUUGUGGGGCAUGGCAAGUGCAUCAAGGGGUUCGUUCGCUUGAUAUCCGCGGUACUUCCAUCUCAAGAUCAUCCUUACUCUGCCGUGCAAUGCUUAAAUUUAUUAAUAGCCUUCUUCAUUAUUUGACCUUUGAGGUUCUUGAACCCAAUUGGCACGUAAUGCACAACCGGAUUCAGACUGCGAAGAGUAUUGAUGAGGUUAUCCAACAUCAUGAUUUCUUCCUUGACAAGUGCCUCCGAGAAUGUUUGCUUUUGUUGCCACAAUUGCUUAAGAAGGUGGAGAGGUUGAAAUUGCUUUGCCUGCAAUAUGCAGCAGCUACUCAGUGGUUGAUUUCAUCCUCCAUUGACCUAUGUAGGCCGGAGGAAUCAUCCGAUAGUGCUAUCAGUUCUGAAAAAGUCAAGCAAUGGAAUGGAAGAACUCCCAAGGGCGCGAAGCUAACCACCAACAACUCGGCUGUCUCCGAGUCUGUCAUUAAAUUUGAGAAGGAGUUCAAUUCUGAGCUUCAGAGUUUGGGACCGAUUCUGAGUAAAAGUUCCCAGGCUGAGCCAUAUUUAACUCACCUUGCUCAGUGGAUUCUUGGCAUUGAAAUGACAAAUAGGUUUUGAAUUUCUUCCUUACUGUAAUUUUACAGAAUUGAUAAAGGUCUAGGAAACUAAAAUGUUUGGAUUAUUGUGGUUCCCAGUAUGUUUGUACCAUCUUACGUGCACUACGAGUCGAGUUUUUACAUGGCAAUGUGGUUCAUUCAUAUUUGUGAGUUAGAAAGACUAUUUUUUUUAGUACAGCAAAGGUAAGGUGCGAAGAUUUGAAUCUCCAAUCUCAAAGAAAUAAGCUAUAUGUCUUUACCGUUGAGCUA